UCAUAUGCACCUAAGAUUUGUCAGUUUCACUUUUAAAAAAAUGCAUCUGGAAAUUCUGAAAUCAUCAUAAAAAUUUUUGCAUGGUGUAAACUCACUGCGAUUUUUUGUCAUUUGGAUGACAAAAAAUAAAUCUUGCUCAACUUGACAUACAAUAUUUGUAUAUACAUACAGAUAAAUUAUCUCGUAUUAGCAGUGCACUGCUGUUUGUGAUUUGUAAAGUGCUUUUAUACAGCAGCUUACAUAGUUAGCAACUUUCGUGUUAUCUACACCACAGUAACAAAGUGCUGGAAUAUUACAUAUACACCUUAACCUUUUAAAAACGGAUUCCACCAAUAAGGUUAACAUAACAGCCAAUCUGAUUUGAUCUAACGAUUUCUAGGUUUUUAUCCCACGCCACACAGCGUUUUCAUACCAGGUAGCAUGAAAACUGUUUGAUCUACUCGUAUGGUGUCGCAAUAUUUUGUAUUGCUUAAUAAUUGCGAAAUACCGGAAAGUUCACAUGUGUAUUGUACAGUACAAUUUGUACUAUACAGAAGUAUAUUUCAUAGAGUUCCUUCAGUUCAGUCUGUAUUAGGGUUAAACUAAACUACAUUUUUAACAAACCGAAAACAGACACAACAUUAAAAAAAAUUGUGCUAUUCAUAUCAGAAAUUACGUAAAUUAUGAGUUUUGCCGGAAGAAUGGAAGACCCUGAAGACCGAGAUUAUACACCUCCUGACUUUAAACCUGAAAUAUUACUACUGGUCAGUGGGAAAAGAAAGUGUGGCAAAGACCAUUUCACAGAACUACUUCUAAAACGAUUGGAUCAAAAGGACGUUGCUGUGAUGAGAAUAGCCGAACCCAUAAAAUAUUACUGGGCCCAAAAACAUCAGUUAGAUUUUAACAAAUUGUUGGGCACAAGUGCCUACAAAGAGCAUCAUCGGUUGAAAAUGGUAGAAUGGAGCAUUGAGGUGAGGUCGAAAAAUAAAGGAUAUUUUAACGUCACAGCGAUUCACAUGGCAGACGGUAUUGGAAAACCUAUCUGGAUUUGCGUCGACAUCCGUCACAAACGAGAUUACUUUUGGUUCUUGGAGAACUACGCUGACCGCAUCAAGCGAGUAAGGAUCACAGCAGAUCAGGAAGUCAGGGUUGGACGCGGGUGGAAUUACACGGAGGGAGUGGACGAUGGACCAUCUGAGUGUGACCUCGAUGAUGUUACGGACUGGGACCUUGUCAUUCACAACAAUGGAGACGAGCCAGAAGGGCUAGAACCAUCUUUGGCUACGGUGGCUGGAUGGAUCAAAUCCAAGCCGGGGUCAUCGUCAUCAUCAUGAAAUGCCUUCAAUAUUAAUCGAAAUAAAAGUUUCAAAUUUUCUCAGUAAAC